AACAAAGCAAAACAAAGAAAAAAGAUGCAUUUGAUCACCAUCUUCCUUGCGGGCCUCUGCCUGUUGUGCAUCUUCGGCACCUACGUCUAGUGGAUGAUCGUGGACGCCGCCCUUCACCCUCCCGCGCCUCGUCAGCUCCCCGCCCAGGUCUACCACUGAGAGAGGCAGAGGCUCCCUCUCCUGAUAUGAUGAGGAGUGCGGAGCGCCCCCGCACGCCUCAUCCCACCAAACGGGCGCGGCCAACCAAGCCCCAUGCGCCCACCUCACACCCGGUGACCACCAACCAGCCCGCCUCCCAGCCUACACCUCUUGUCAAGAAAGCUGUGUUCAGUCACAUUCAGUCAUUCAACUGGUUCUUACAAUCAGCACUGCCCCGCAUCGUGGCCGAGCUGCCGGCGUUCGAGGUCGACCCGCAUGAGGACUUCGACUGGCGCUCGUCGUUCCCGAGACCAACGCCACCUAAGAUCUGUAAGCCAGGGGGAAGAAAGAAAGAAACACAGCCUAAACCAGAGCAUCAUUCCAUCUGCUGCAUCUCUGUGUGGUGCUGUCCGUCCUUCCAGCCCUCAAGUUCUGGCUUCGGAGCGUCGAGGUGGGGCGCCCGACUCGGUUCGAAGACACCAUGAUGGACCAGACUCUGUUCCCCAACCACUGCCGGGAGGCUCGUGUGCACUACGCCGCGCCCCUGACCUUCAAGUGGGCAUACCAGUGGUCUGACGAGGAUGAGCCGACGGAGGUGGUCGAUCCUGCGGGUCAGCUGCCGAUCAUGGUGCAGUCGAUCAAGUGCAACCUGCACGGGCUGACGAGCGAGCAGAUGGUGGCCCACAAGGAGGACGAGAACGACCCCGGCGGCUACUUCAUCAUCAACGGCAACGAGCGGCUCAUCCGGUUCGUCAUCAAGCAGCGCAGCAACUACCCCAUGCUGCUGCGCAAACACGCCCCCUUCAAGAGACUCGGGAAGCUCAAGUGCAUGAUCACCAUGGCCUGCCUGCGCCAGGACGGCAGCCAGCUCGUCAACCACAUCUACUCAUUCCUCGACGGCACGGCCAUCUUCCAGACUCUCAUCAAGCGGCGGUCGGUGUACCUGCCCUUCUAUUUGCUGCUGCUGGCGACCAACCCACUGCCGGCCGGCGACCAGUGCAUAUGGGAGCGGCUCAUCGACGGCGAUGUGACCAACAUGCAGCUGCUCUUCCUGGUGCAGACCCUCAUGGACGAUGCCAAGACCAGAUUCUCAACACUCUGGCCGUCGCUCAGCAGGGACAAGGUCAGGUCACAACACACACGACAGAGAUGGAUGAGAUGGCUGAACCAAUGGGUAUUGUGUGAUGUGUGGGCUGGUCCUGGCUGUCAGGCGCGUCAGCUGCUGGGUGACCUGAUAUGGGACCACAUUCGCGAGCUCGUGUCGCCGUGGUGCAGCUACCGCGAGUGCAGCACGCUGUUUCUGCGCAAGUAUGUGCUGCCGCACGUGGACUCGGACGCCGCCAAGUUCGACAUGCUGUGCUUCAUGUGGAAGAAGAUGAUCAGCCGCGCACACCUCAAGGGCAAACACAAAACAACGGUAGGUAUCAUAACAAGGGAGGGGCAAAGGCAGGCAGCCGAGAGGGGCGGGAGAGUACCACGGAUGUGUGUGGGGGAUUUGUGUGUUUGUGAUGCAUGUGCGUGUGGUCAGUAUGAGAACGUGGACGCCUUUGCCUUCCAGGAGGUCAUCACCCCCGGACAGAUCUUCGGAGCCGUGUUCAGGGUACGCAGCCCACCCACCACCUCCUCAAUCGCCUCCCUCUUCCUCUCCCGUCAUGGAUCCAUCCUCCAUGCAUUCCGUGAUAUGUCAGGACGUGUGUGAGCAGAACUUGAUGAGGAUGCGCGGAUCCUUCUACGGCGAGGCGAAGCAGGCGCGCAACAACAAUGCCGACCCCGUGGCGCACCUCAAGUCGGCCAAGGUGUUCGAGAGGCGUGCACACGGGGCGUCGCUGGAGAUCAGCUCACGCAUGAUCAACUUCGUCGCCACGGGCAACAUCAAGACAGAGCACCUCGACCUACUGCAGGUGUGUAUGUUAUAUGUGAGGGUGGGGAGGGAGGGAGGGAGGUGCGCUAAAGGAAAAUGUCCGUGCGUGUCUGCUUGUGUGUGCUUGUGUCCUGGCUGUGCUGUGCUGUGUCGUGUUGUUUUCUUGUGUGCAGACGGCUGGUUGGUCCAUCUCGGCUGAACGCAUCAACUGGUACCGAUUCCUGGCGCACUUCCGUGUGGUCCAGCGCGGCAGCAGAUUCAUGGGCUCACGAAACACCAUGGUAACACAUAAGCUGUCCAUAUGGCGUCGAGAACCUCACCCUCUUUUGUUUUGCAGCCUCGCAAGUUGCGCCCCGAGACGUGGGGCUUCCUGUGUCCCGUCCACACACCCGACGGCAGCCCAUGCGGUCUUCUCCUCCACCUCACACAAGACGCAUAUGUGGUGAGGACAUGGCACACCACAACACGCGCACACAGACCCACAUUGCCCCUCUGCAAUCGGUCUGUCUGUCUGUCUGUCUGUGUGUCAGACGAGCGCCCCCGUGGGGGCCUCCACUUUCGACCGCGUGGCGAAGGUGCUGACACGUCUUGGGUGCCUGGUGACAUCUGCCAACGAGGCGCCGCCCUGGGGGCUGCCUGGAUCGUGGGCGCACAUUAUCCUGGACGGCCGCAUCAUCGGCCGCGUCCAGAUGGAGCUGCUGGAGCGGGUCUCUCUGUCGCUGAGAAUGUGGAAGAUACUCGGCUUCGCUGGGCUGCCCGAACACAUGGAGGUCGUCGCUAUCGGCCAAAAUUGCGGGUGGGUGGACAGGACGAUGGUCGGCAAGGGUGUGUGUGAUGGGAGGCGGAGGGAGGGGUGGCAUGUGCAUGUGUCGGGCCCCCCUGUUGGUCGUGUGCAGGUUCUACUAUCCUGGUUUGUAUCUGUUCACGACCCCUGGCCGUGUGGUGCGGCCCGUCAGGAACAUCAGAGCAUGGCGGUCAGUCAGCCAACACACCAGCACCACAUUCACCACACACCACUCAUGCCUUCCUCCUUCUUGUUUCUUCUACCUACUGUUCAGGCCCGAGUGGAUCGGUUCCCUGGAGCAGGGGUGGCUCAACAUCGCCGUCUUCGAGACGGACAUCUUCGACUUCUCCGUCGACAACCUCUGCCUGGACAUGCGCCAGAUGAAGCGUCUCAAGGACCAGAAGGGCGCCGACUCGCUCACCGACAAGGAGCUGCUGCACAUCUGCCGCAGCACCGACCCCAAGGAGCUGUCCGACAAGCUCGACAUCAUCGCCAGCCAGCAGGACGUCAAAAUCAAGGAGAUCAAGGCGGCCAUUCGCCAGGCCAAGGAGGAGCGACAGGCCCGCAGAGAGGGGCGGGAGCGGCAGAAAAAGAAGAAGAAGAAGCAACGCGCUGAGGGGGGAGGAGCGGGCGAUCCCGAGGUGGAUGUCGAGACCUCUGACAGUGAGGAUGAGAAGCGCGCCGAGAACAUGCGGAUUGAGGCGGUGGUGGAGCUCUUCCGCAUCGCAGAGGACCGCAAGCACACGUUCGAAGGCCUGGACGUGACGAUGAUGCAGCGCGUGUUGGACGCCUGUCCGGCGCCCACCCACGAGAAGCUGUGUGUAGCCGACAUGAUGGACCGGCACAUGAAGGUGGAGGACAUCCUGAGUGAGGGGGUCUACUGGGACAUGCGGCCCAAGGAGCCCGCCGGGACCGUGUGGCUGGACGACGAGUUCGACCUGUACGAGAACUCGCCUGUCAAGUACACACACGUGGAGAUGAAGCCGUCGGCCAUGCUCUCCAUCAUGGCCUCACUCACGCCCUUCAGCAACCACAACCAAUCGCCCAGGUGGGCACAGACAUAGCCACACCCACAGCCACACACACACGUGUGCAUGCUCUCUCUCUCUCUGUGUGUGUGCGUGUGUGCAGAAACAUGUACCAGUGCCAGAUGUUGAAGCAGACCCUUGGCAUCCCCUUCCACAACACCGUGUACCGGUUUGACGUCAAGUCCUACCACCUGCACACGCCCCAGCGGCCCAUCGUGCGCACCCACGAGUACGACAGCUACAACUUCGACACAUACCCAUGCGGCACCAAUGCCAUCGUCGCCGUCAUCUCCUAUAGCGGGUCAGUCCAGACAAACAAGACACCUUAUCCAUCCACCGUACAUCUACGGCUGGGCCGGUGUUCUCUCUCUCUCUCUCUCUCUGUGUGUGUGUCUGUGUGUGUGUGGAAGGUAUGACAUGGAGGAUGCGAUGAUCAUGAACAAGGCGUCGAUGGAGCGGGGACUCUGCCACGCGUCCGUCUACAAGACCAAGGUCAUCGAGGCCGCCCCACCCGGACUCGACAUCGUCAGCGCAACACCACACACACACCGCAUACACUGAGCGACGACCGCACCGCAUCGCCCCUCCUUCUCUCCCCGUUUUUGUUUGUGUGGUCAACAGAAGUAUGCCAGCCCGUAUCGGUUCAACAACCUCGACGCCAGUGGUGUGCGGGCCGUCAGCUCUCUCGACAAGGACGGCCUGCCCUUCAUCGGCUCCAAAGUCACCGAAGGCUCACCCCUCUACAGGCAUGUCAACAAGACCACACAUACACACAUACACACACACACUUUUUUCUCUCUCUCUGUCUGAUUUGGUGCAGGAUUGAGCACUCGGCGACUCGUGUGGCCAAGACGUCCUACUACAACGACGAGGAGGACGCCUUCGUGGAGCGCAUCAACCGCAUUAGCCCACCUGACGUGGCCGCCUACCGCAAGCAGAUCUCACAGGUCGGCAAGAAGGGCGGCGGGGCCUUCUGCGCCGAGAGGGUGCUGCUCAAGCUGCGGUGCAACCGCAACCCCAUUGUUGGCGACAAGUUCUCGUCGCGGCAUGGGCAGAAGGGCAUCCUCAGCCGACUAUGGCCACACGAAGACAUGCCAUUCACUGUGAGUGCAGUGCAUGGAGAGAGGGGGAGGGAGGGACAGGCAAGGUGGUGGGCAUAUUGAUGGAUGUGUGUGUCUUCCAUGUGUGUGUGUGUGUUGUGGGUGUGCAGGAGUCCGGUCUGGUGCCUGACAUUCUGUUCAACCCCCACGGUUUCCCCUCCCGCAUGACCAUCGGCAUGCUCAUCGAGAGCGUCGCCGGCAAAGUCGCCGCCAUACAUGGCACACCCAAACAGGCAAGCCGCCAGCAAUCGGCGGGUGGAUCAUGGAAGCCUCUCUCUCCCUCUGUUUGUGUGCAGGACGGCACGCCGUUCCGCCGCUUCCCCAAGGUGCGCAUGAACAAGCCCUGGCUCGACAACGGCGGCAUGCGGGGCCUGUUGACCGACAAGGCCAAGCCCAUCAUGAAGGCGGUGGAGGGUUUCUUCAUCCGGCCGGGCAAGAUGGGCGGGCAGAAGCGGCCGGGGGUGCCUCUGGACGAGGAGGACAAGGGCGACGAGUGGGACGACAGCAUCGACUACUUCGGCAAGGCGCUCACACAGGCCGGCUUCGAGUACUACGGCACCGAGCCCAUGUACAGCGGCCUCUUCGGGGGGCUCAUGGAGGCCGACAUCUUCAUCGGCAUCGUCUACUACCAACGGCUCAGACACAUGGUCUCGGACAAGGCACAGGUGGGUGGGCGAGAGGAGAGGGAGGGGUGUGUGUGUUGGUGUGUGAACAUAUGUGUGUCGGUGUGAUGGCUGGUGUGUGUGCAGGUGCGUGCGACCGGUCCGGUUGACAUGAACACCCGCCAGCCCGUCAAAGGCCGCAAGCGGCACGGCGGCAUCCGGCUGGGCGAGAUGGAACGAGACUCGCUCAUCGCACACGGAGCCGCUUUCUGCCUGCACGACCGACUCAUGCACGUAGGCCAUGCGCAUACUGCCCACAUGUGUCUGUGCCAUCGGCUGGCAUGGUUGGGGUGUGUGUGUGUGGUUCAUUCAUUCAGUGCUCCGACGAGCACAAGACGUACGUGUGUCCGUCGUGUGGUUCGUUCACCUCGCCCGUGAUGCCGCUGCGUGUGUCGGAGAUGGAGCGUCACGGCCUCAAGAGCGCCGCACUCAGGCCAGUGCCGCGGUGCCAGGCCUGCAAGGUGCCGUGCAGACUCGUUGCCCUCCCCUUCGUCCUCAGGUCAGCACACACCACACACACCACACCACACCACACCAGACCACAACACAACACAACACAGCACAACACAACACACGGCCCACAGACACAAGAAUGCCUGUGUGCUGAUUCCUUGGAUGUAGGUACCUGUGCGCCGAGUUGGCGGCGAUCAACGUGCACGUCAAGCUGGACCUCUCCAGCCGCGGCGAGCGCAUCACGGUGCCGCCCGCCCCCGAGUCGGCCACGGGCCACUGGCAGAUGCACAAGGGCAUCCAGCCGCCCUUCAAGGAGCCCCACCCCCACCUCAUGCGCCACUCACGAGCCGGCUGGAUGGCGGGCGUCAAGGACGAGGAGGGAGAGGGGGAGCUCGGCCUGCCAUCCGGCCUCGAGCGGGGCCCGGUGCUGCCCACCGGUGGGGCGCGUGGUGGGGUUGGCGUCAAGAGGGAGGAUGUGCCCGACAAGCUGGGCGUGGGUCGUGUGGUGGCGGGGCCUCAGCGGGUGCGGCAGCCGGAGAUCAACGAACAAGAGGGGGAAUUCUACUACUAUGACGAAUAUGACGAGGUGCGCAUCUGUGUGGAUGGGAAGAGGAGGGCGUGUGGGGCUUACUUGUGUGUGUGGUGUGUGUGUCUGGUGUGUGUGUGUGUCAGUAUCCCGACCAGGCGAUGGUGGAAAAUGAGAUGGACGAGUAUUUGGGUGACGAGGACGCCAUGGAUGAGGAUGAGAGGGAGGAGCGGAUGGGCUGCGCUGAGUGAUGGAUGUCCAAGACACACACACACACACUUAGGCAGCUAGGCAGAUAGGCAUGUGUGGCCAUGACAUGACCUGCUUGCUUCCUGUGGUCUUAUGCGUGUUGAUUGAGGAUUUGUGCGUGUGAGAGGGAUCCGUUACAGAGAGAGCACUUUGCUGCCUGCCUUGUCUGUCCACCAGGUGUGGUGUGCACAUGAUGGAUGGGCCUAUCUUUCUCGUUGUUGCAUGCUGGCUCUGACGUUUAAGGCAAACCGACGCUCUCUUUUGUGCCGUG